ACCGCCUAUAAGGCCCUAAUAAGGUCAAUGUUGGAGUACGCCACUGUAGUAUGGGAUCCUUAUACCAAAGUUGAUUCUUCUAAAAUCGAACGUAUAGAAAACCAGAGUCUACGAUUUGUGUACAGCAGGUACAAAAGGAGGGAUUCUAUCACUGAGAUGUUGUCAUUGUCAAACACAGAACCUUUGCGCGCCCGACGUAAGUUAGCUUGGCUAAACUUUUUAUACUGUAUUGCGAACAGGCAAACCGGUAUCGAUCCUACCACGUAUUUGGUCCCUCCCUUCAAGCACUCCAGCAGAAUAAACAACUCGCACCACAUUCGACCCUUUAGACCGUCAUCGAAUGUGUUGAAGUUUUCUUUCUUUUCCAGAACUAUAGAUGAAUGGAAUCUUUUACCUGACGGGAUUGUUGCAUAUACGACCGUGGAACAAUUUGUUGAUGCAUGUUUUUCGCCUUUCUAA